GCCCCCGCCCCGCCCCUCGCGUCACGUCCGUCCUGAAGAUGGCGGUGGCGCUGCGGCGGCUGCUCCCGGGACCGGCCCCGGGGGGCUCCCGGUGCUGCGGGGCCACCGCCUGGGGGGCCCGGGAGCGCUCGUACUGGCGGGCGCUGCGGAGACGGCUGCUGGGCCCCCCGGUGCCGCCCUUCUCGGAGCCGUGCCAGGUGGGCACACCGGUGCUGCGCUCCCCCGCCGCCGCCGUGCCCGCGGAGAGCCUGGGCAGCCCCGAGCUGCGGGCGCUGGCGGCGGCGUUGGCGGCAGGGCUGCGGCGGGGCCCGUGCUUGGGGCUGAGCGCCCCGCAGCUCGGUGUGCCCCUGCGGGUCUUCGCCGCCGAGCUGCCGCCCGCCCGCUGCAGCCACUACCCCGCGGCGCUGCGCGGUGCCCAGCGCAUCGAGCCCUUCCCGCUGCGCGUCCUCGUCAACCCCGUGCUCCGCGUGCUCGACGCCCGCCUCGUCACCGCGCCCGAGGGCUGCGCCAGCCUCCGCGGCUUCUCCGCCUGCGUGCCAAGGCACUGGGCUGUGCACGUCUCCGGCGUGGACGAGAGCGGGCAGCCGGUGAGCUGGGAGGCGUGGGGCUGGGCUGCCCGUGUUAUCCAGCACGAGCUGGACCACCUGGACGGCGUGCUCUUCAUCGACCGCAUGGACAGCCGCACCUUCACCAACACCGCCUGGAGCCAGCUCCUCGACUGACAGCCACCAGGCACCCCCAGCACUGGCUCCAUCGCGGCAAUACCGAGCAUGGGGCAGCCCCUGCCUCCUGUCCUGCCUGCAAACUGCGGGGUGCUGAGCCUCGUCCCCCCCCCCACAGCACCCACACCAUGGGAGGAGGGAAGGGGCCGGGGUGCAGGCUGCUGGGAUAUAGGGGAAGGGGGUGUCCUGCGGCUGGGCACCGUCUGAAGCUUUUGGAUUGUUUUUAUUUUCAUAUAAACAAGACAGAACCCGAA